GCGCGCCGCGGAGAAAUGGAUCCCCGGCUGGAGUUUACCUUCCAGCUGCUGAUGGAUGCCACCGGGCUGCCGCGCCAUCAGAUUAUGGAUCACAUCUUUGAGGGGAAUAUGUUGGACGAGAUCAAUCAGCUCUUUCUACCGAAUAUGCGGAACAAGCUGAUGUGGUUCUACCAGGAAGUGGACGAAGUGGACAUGCCAGUCGAGCGAGAUAUCAACAAACCUGGACCGUCUCGAGCGGGAGCGUCCAGCUCUUCCAAAACACCCCAGAGUGCUGCCGGUGGAGCUGCGCAGAGACCGCACAAAUUGUUUAUCACGGACGGAUGGAGCUGUGCAUUCACCGGGAUAUGCAUCUAUAUGUUUCGCAUCAACAUCCAGAAGCAACUGCCGGAAGAAGGAUUUCAUAAGGAUUUAUACUGCGGCUACAUCGAUGCGAACCGCGUCGGGCUGGUGACGUCGAUCGAACGCAUCGUCGAGCAUGUUUUCAUGCAAGCUCUGGCGUAUCCCAACAUCGAAUCCGAAGAUGAGGAGAUGAGUUGUAAUCUGGUAAAAUCGCAGCUGUUACCCGGAUUGCGCUCAUUCUGCAGUGCCCUGCGCGUUUGCGAGCAGGUCUGCAAUCAUUUUAACGUGUUUGAUGAUGGGAAAAUAAUCGUCUGCCGGGUCGACACCCUGGCGGAGGUGCGUGAGAUGUCCAAGAGUGCGUCGACGUGUGCCGAACUGGAGGAACGGGUCAAUAACUGGAUCAAGGGGAUCGCCAAGAUCUUGAUGGAGAGUGAGCAGCUUAGGAGGGAGAACGAUUCCAGCGGUCCGCAGGACGAGUUGGAAUAUUGGAAGCGUCGCGGGGCGCAGUUCUCCCAGCUGUUGUCACAUCUGCAGGAACGCGAAGUUCAGUGGACGUUGUACUGUCUGUCGCAGUCUGGCUCAAAGGUGUUGAAGCAAUGGAAAGAGACCGAUAAAAAGAUAACAUUCUGCUACAAUGAAGCGCGCGAUAAUUCCAAAUUCAUUCAAGCCAUGGAAGCUUGUUGUCACUCUCUUUAUCUAGACGAUCCCGUCAACAUGAAAGAGUCGAUCGUGAGCCUCCUGCAAACCGUUCGAUUGAUCUAUAGUGUGUCACAAUUCUACAACACUUCUGAGCGCACGUCUACUCUGAUGGUGAAGAUCACCAAUCAGAUGAUUGAAACUUGCAAAUCUUACAUUACCUGUAGGGGAAAGGAAACUAUUUGGACGCAGGAUCGGGAUCUAGUUCGCACCAAACUUACCAACUGUUUGAAAUUAAAUCACAUCUAUAGAGAAACUUAUCACGCUGUAAAGUCACAGCCAUUUUUACCCGAUCAGAUACCGUUUGCUUUUUCUGAAAAUUACGUGUUUGGGAAAUUUGAUACAUUUUGUGACCGAUUGGCCAAGAUCAUAGCCAUGUUUAACCUUAUCGAUGAUUAUAACCAUUUAUUCGAAAGACGUUUGGAAGGGCUUUUGCUGGGAGAAGCCCUUGAAGAUGCUAUGAACACCUUUGACGAGGCACGAGUGGAGAUAAUUAUGAAAAAAUAUGAUUACUUAGAUCAACGUAAUUUGGAUUUCAACAAUGAUUUCCAAAUAUUUAUGCAGAAAACCGAUACUUUAAAAGAGACGAUUGCGUCUAUGAUUGAACAUAACUUUGACAGCGUGUGGGAAACCCCUCAGGGUAUUCGCUUUCUGGUUCGCUUCGAAAAGGUCAGUGAGAAGAUUCCCCUCAGUACCAUGGACGAGAAGUAUCAACGCGUGUCCAAGUACUGCGAGAAAGAGAUCGACCGUAUAUUAAAACUUUUUCGGAAACAACGAGACGACCCACCGCUGCCCCGAAACUUUCCCCCGAUUGCCGGCCGUAUUAAAUGGUGUCGUUCGUUGGAGUACCACCUUAACGAGCUGGUAACCACCGUUACGACACACCCAGUUUUGGCGUCACUGCCGUCCACCAAAGACAUCGAAAAUCGCUACAGCUCAGCCAAGAUCAUUCUAGCGGAAUAUGAGCAGGAAAUGACCCAAAUUUGGCUCAGUCAGGACGUCAGCGUGGCGGACGCCUGCCUCGUGCAGCCAAUUUUGGCGUUGCAGGGUGACAGACUAGUGGUCAAUUUGCACCCCACCAUUCCGCUGCUCAUUCGCGAGAGCAAAUGUAUGGCCAAGAUGAAGAUCGACAUGCCAAUCGUAGCUGCAACGUUGCUUUGCAAGCAGAACCAUUUCAACACCAUUCAGGAUUCGCUGAACAGUCUAAUUAAAAUGUUUUUGAAUACGAUAAAAAAAGUAAAACUGGAAGUUCGACCCUUACUAUUACCACAGUUGGUCCGAUUAACAGCCAUGAUGAAGCCAGGACUGAAGUCGAUAAAUUGGACCAGUCCGAUGUGGAUGGAAUUCUACGACAACUGCAAGGAGGCGAUCGAAACGUUUGACGUGUUGGUUGCUCGGGUUCACGAUAUCUACUCGAAUCGUAUACUGCAUGUGCUGAACUCGAUGCAAGAUAUUCAGCUGCAGUCUUUACCGAACGACGACGAAAUGUGGACCGUAGACGAGUUUUUGGAGUACACUGAAGACACCUGUCGCCAAGCGGCGAACGAGCUGAACCGUAAGAGCCAGAUGGUGGAGGAAGCGGUUGAGGAGGUGUUGGACCUAGUGCACCGAGCUUCCCAGAUAUUCAAACGCAUGGUUGGUGCAGAGAACGACUUCUUCGUAGACGAAGAGAAAAAACCGUCGGAGAAGUCAUCGCCAACUCCAGAGGCGGAGAAUAAUGAUGGCAAUGGGCAGCAGCAGGACUGGAGUAUUCUUUGGUCGUGCUUUGAAAAUCCAUUGCAACUGUUGUCUCACCAUGGAGGCGGACUGCCCAAAGGCAUGCAGGAUAUGGUUUUUAACGCAGUUUCGGAGAUGCGACGUUACUACAGUCGUAAGGUGAUUGAUGUCCUCAUACGGGUGACCCGAACUUCACUGGAUUGUCUGAGACGACGAUUCAUCGAAGUGGAAGGUGAAGAUCUUCCCAGGAGACCUAUUUUUAUCUUGCAAUCGCUACUGAUGAUACCGAAUGUAACAAUUCGACCGAAUCUAGAGGAGCUGCAGGAAGCACUGGCCAUUGCUGGUAAACAGAUUACUGGGGUAUCGAAAGGCGUUGCCCAGUGGAAUACUGGUAAAGAAGUCGAAGAAAAACAACGACCAUCAGCCGCUGCUCUUGCAUCCGCCGCUACGGCCGCUAAACUGGCGAAAGCGAAUGCGGCUACGCUCGAUGAUAGAUCCCGACGUCGCAAGAUGUACCGACUGCAGUCGGAGGAGAAACCCAGAAUGGUGCACAUGACGAAAAGUUUCUACAGCUAUGUAAUGGAUAAUAAGGAAGUGGUUAAAACGCUUUCGCUUCUGUCCAGCUGCAUCCGAAACAUGAAACCUGAGUUGCAUCAGUUCGUGGACAAAUGGAAGCCGUACCAUUUCCUGUGGAAGAAUGAUAAAACCGUUCGUCAGCUGCUGGAAAAUACUCUACUAGAAUUUGAGUGCACUUUACGACGGUUGGUAGAUUUGGAUAGUAAUCUUCUGGUUGAACCGGAUAUGCAGUUCUUCGGACAGAGCAUAGCUCUGUCGACCGAAAAACUGAAGUUUGGAUUGGCCAUUGAGAUAAAAUCUUGCACUCACAAACUUGGACAAGCCAUGAAAAAGAAAUACAAACGCGAAAUGGACUACGUCUACGCCGUGAUCAACGAAAUGGACCGGAAGCUGGAUCGACAAAUUCGCGAUUUGGAUGAUGUUCGGACUAUUAUGGAUACGCUGAGCAAGAUCCGAGAACAGGAGGUCGAUAUGGAGCUGAAGAUCGAACCGAUCGAGGAUGCAUUCAACAUGAUGCACAAGUACGACAUCCAGGUCGAUCGGGAGCAAAUGGAUCAGGUCGAUAAUCUGCGCUACACUUGGGUUCGUCUGCAGUCGCGUGCUAAAGAAGUGCACUGCAAGCUGCUCGAGAUGCAGCCAGAUUUCCAAAGCGAUCUGCGCGCCAAUCUGGAGAAGUUCAAACAGGACAAGAUCGAGUAUGUGGCCGAGUAUCGGGCAUCGGGUCCGAUGCAAACGGGGCUGACACCACGCGAAGCGUCCGACAAGUUGUUGCUCUUCCAAAAUCGAUUCGACGGAAUGUGGAGGAAGCUCCAGACUUAUCAGAGUGGCGAGGAAUUGUUUGGUUUGCCUCAAUCAGACUAUCCUGAACUUGGCCAGAUCAAGAAGGAGCUGAACUUGCUACAGAAGUUGUACAAGCUUUACAACGAUGUCAUUGAUCGGGUCAGCAGCUACUAUGAUAUUCCUUGGGGUGACGUCGACAUCGAAGAGAUCAACAACGAACUGAUGGAGUUCCAGAAUCGUUGCCGCAAGCUACCAAAGGGCCUCAAGGAGUGGCCCGCCUUUUACGCCCUCAAACGAACAAUUGAUGACUUCAAUGACAUGUGUCCAUUGCUUGAGCUGAUGGCAAAUCGAGCGAUGAAACCACGUCAUUGGCAGAGAAUCAUGGAGGUUACAAAGUAUACCUUCGAGUUUGAUAGCGAAGGUUUUACGCUGAAGCACAUUCUGGAAGCACCCUUGUUGAAGCACAAGGAAGACAUCGAGGACAUCUGUAUUUCGGCGAUGAAAGAAAAGGAUAUUGAGGCCAAACUAAAACAAGUCACAAACGAAUGGUCAGCUCACGAGCUGAGCUUUAUGACCUUCAAUAACCGAGGCGAAUUGCUGCUGCGCGGUGAUACAACCGCAGAAACUAUUGGGCAAUUGGAGGACAGCCUGAUGGUGCUUAGCUCGCUACUUUCCAACCGAUAUAAUGCACCGUUCCGUAAACAGAUUCAACAGUGGGUUUAUGAUUUGUCAAAUUCCAAUGACAUUCUCGAGCGUUGGUUACUGGUGCAGAAUAUGUGGGUCUACCUGGAAGCCGUAUUCGUCGGUGGCGAUAUUGCGAAGCAGCUGCCAAAGGAAGCGAAACGCUUCUCGAAAAUCGAUAAAUCCUGGCAGAAAAUUAUGCAACGGGCUCAUGAAACACCGGGUGUGGUUGCCUGCUGCGUAGGUGAUGAUUUGCUGAAGCAGUUGCUUCCGCAUCUACAGGAACAAUUGGAGCUGUGCCAGAAGUCUUUGAGUGGUUACUUGGAGAAGAAGCGUAUGAUGUUCCCGAGAUUCUUCUUCGUUUCUGAUCCCGCACUGUUGGAAAUUUUGGGGCAAGCGUCAGAUUCCCACACAAUACAAAAUCAUCUGCUAUCGAUCUUCGACAACACCCGAUACGUGAAAUUUCACGAGAUAGAGUACAACAAAAUGAUGGCAAUUACUUCCUCGGAAGGCGAGCAGAUUCCGCUGGAUCGAGCUAUUCGGGCAGAAGGUUCAGUCGAAACGUGGCUUACGUCGCUGCUGCAAUCGAUGCAGCAAUCACUGCACUCCAUAAUCCGCCAAGCCUACGCGUUGAUGAACGAUCCGAAUUUUACUCUGUUAUCAUUUUUGGAGAAACUUCCAGCGCAGGUAGGUCUGCUGGGGAUUCAAAUGAUAUGGACAAGAGAUGCCGAAACCGCACUGAUGCAAGCUCGUCACGAGAAAAAGGUGAUGUCCGAAACAAACAAUAAAUUCCUGGAGCUGUUGAAUACCUUGAUUGAUCAGACAACCAGGGAUCUUACCAAGAUCGAAAGAACUAAGUUUGAAACCCUAAUCACCAUUCACGUGCAUCAACGAGAUAUUUUCGAUAUUUUGUGCAGAAUGAACAUUCGUUCGGCGAAUGACUUUGAAUGGUUGAAACAGUGUAGGUUUUAUUUUAAGGAAGACAUCGACAAAACCUGGAUUAACAUUACCGACGUUACAUUUGUUUAUCAAAAUGAGUACUUGGGCUGUACGGAUCGGCUUGUGAUUACCCCAUUAACUGACAGGUGUUACAUUACGUUGGCUCAGGCGCUGGCUCUGAGCAUGGGGGGAAGUCCUUGCGGUCCCGCAGGAACUGGAAAAACCGAAACGGUGAAGGAUAUGGGAAAAACAUUGGCCAAAUACGUGGUCGUAUUCAACUGCUCCGAUCAAAUGGAUUACCGAGGCUUGGGACGGAUUUACAAGGGGCUAGCGCAGUCCGGAUCGUGGGGAUGCUUCGACGAGUUCAACCGAAUUGAACUGCCCGUCCUUUCGGUGGCUGCCCAGCAGGUGGCAGUCAUUCUGACGGCUCGAAAGGAGAAAAAGAAGCGUUUCAUAUUUACCGAUGGAGAUGACAUUGAGAUGAACAUGGAGUUUGGAGUGUUUAUUACCAUGAACCCUGGAUAUGCCGGCCGAAAAGAGCUGCCGGAAAAUUUGAAAAUUCAAUUUAGAACCGUCGCAAUGAUGGUACCGGAUAGACAAAUUAUCAUCCGUGUGAAGCUAGCCUCCUGUGGGUUCCUUGAGAACAUAACGUUGGCGAGGAAAUUUUACACUCUCUACAAACUCUGCGAGGAACAAUUGACCAAACAAGUGCAUUAUGAUUUCGGUCUGAGAAAUAUCCUGUCAGUUUUGAGAACGCUGGGAGCAGCCAAGAGAGUGAAUACAAGGGAUAGCGAAAGCACAAUCGUAAUGCGAGUGCUUCGCGAUAUGAAUCUGUCCAAGUUGAUCGAUGAGGAUGAACCGUUGUUUAUGUCGCUGGUGACGGAUUUGUUCCCGAAUCAGACCCUGGAAAAGACCAGCUAUGGUGAGUUGGAAGCCGCAAUAGCAAACCAGGUUGAUCAAGCUGGUCUGAUAUAUCACCCACCGUGGGUGCUGAAACUUAUCCAACUGUACGAAACACAGCAGGUUCGUCACGGAAUAAUGACGCUUGGACCGCCGGGUGCCGGCAAGACUUGCUGCAUAAGAAUUCUGAUGAAAUCUUUGACCGAUAUUGGGCUGACGCACAAGGAGAUGCGCAUGAACCCGAAAGCCAUAACGGCAUCCCAGAUGUUUGGUCGAUUGGACGUAGCUACAAACGAUUGGACCGAUGGUAUCUUCUCUGCUCUCUGGAGGAAGACAUUGAAGGCCAAGAAAGGCGAAUUUACGUGGCUGGUUCUUGACGGACCAGUUGACAGUAUUUGGAUCGAAAAUUUGAACUCGGUGUUGGAUGAUAACAAGACGCUAACACUGGCAAAUGGGGAUCGCCUUUCGAUGGCACCGACUUGUAAGAUCAUAUUUGAGCCCCAUAACAUCGAUAAUGCUUCGCCGGCCACAGUAUCGCGCAACGGAAUGGUUUAUAUGAGCUCGUCAGGUUUGGACUGGAAACCAAUACUGCAAGCGUGGUUGAAAACUCGAAGCGCCCAGGAGAAGAAAGUUUUCAACGACCUGUUUGACGGAUCGUUCCUCAAAAUAUACACCUGGGUGACGCAGAAUCUACUGCUGAUGAUGGAAGUCCUUCAGUGUAAUAUUAUUCAGCAGAUGAUCUACCUGCUGGACGGUCUGGUACCGGUGCUUGGUGAAAGUGAACAGGAAGCUGCCCUUUCAACGACCGGAAGUCUCGAUGAUGACAUGAACGACGACGAGGUGGUGAAGGUGAAGGAUGAGGCUUGUACGCCGGAGCACUUGCAUCGUUUGUACAUCUUUGCUUUGGCGUGGGGUGUCGGAGCGUACCUCAACUCAGCGGACCGUCUCAAGUUGGACGCACAUAUCAAAAAGCACUAUCGCAAUCUGGAUUUUCCCGCCUCGGAGGAGAAACCAGAUUCGUCGAUAUUCGAUUACUUCGUGUCGCCCAUUGGCAGUUGGCAGUUGUGGAAAACUCUAGUGAUGCCCUACGUCUAUCCGGAGAACACGACUCCGGACUAUCUAAGCAUAUUGAUACCGAUCGUGGACAACGUUCGGAUCGAUUAUUUGAUAAACGUAAUAGUGAAACAGGAGAAAGCGGUCCUGCUGAUAGGUGAACAAGGAACCGCGAAGACCGUAAUGAUGAAAAGCUUCAUGAAGAAGCUAAACUCGGAAACGCACAUGGGACGGUCGUUCAACUUUUCGUCCGCUACCAGUCCCUAUCAUUUCCAGAAAACUAUCGAAAGCUAUGUUGAGAAGAGGUUGGGUAACAUGUUUGGACCUAGUGGGGGUAGGAAACUGUUAGUUUUUAUUGACGAUAUCAACAUGCCGCAAAUCAACGAAUGGGGUGAUCAGAUUACGAACGAAAUUGUUCGACAAACAAUGGAUAUGCGAGGAUUCUACAGUUUGGAGAAACCGGGCGAGUUUACGAAUAUAGUGGACGUCCAAUUUGCGGGAGCAAUGGGUUUACCCGGAGGGGGUCGAAGUGAUAUACCAGCCCGUUUAAAGCGGCAGUUCAGCGUUUUUAACUGCAACAUUCCAGAUAAUACGUCGAUAGAUACGAUCUUCAGAACACUUGGGGAAGGUCACUAUAAUGUGAAACGAGGAUUUUCGCUGGAGGUGCGAAAACUGGUGAAACGCCUGGUACCUCUGACCCGAACUCUAUGGCAACAUACUAGAGAACAGUUGCUACCGACUCCGGCUAAAUUUCACUACGUGUUUAGCUUGAGAGAUCUUUCCCGCAUAUGGCAAGGAAUGAUCGGAACACUGUCGACGGUGAUCACUUCCGAGGCGGUCCUGAUACUGCUAUGGAAAAAUGAAUGUACUCGAGUGUUUGCGGAUCGUUUUGUAUCGAUGUCGGACACGGAAUGGUUCCUGAAUGAGAUGCUUAAGGUAUUGGAGGAGGAUCUUGGGCCGGAAUAUAAAGAUAUGGCAGGAUCUAGUCCAGUAUUUGUGGACUUUAUGCGGGAUGCUCCAGAGCCAACUGGUGAGGAAGGUGAGGAAACGGAUAUGGAACUACCGAAGGUUUACGAACCGGUUUCGGACUUUCAAAUAUUACGCGAACGUCUGAAGAUGUUCCUGCUGCAGUUCAACGAAAUGAUUCGCGGCACGGGAAUGGAUUUGGUGUUUUUCCCGGAUGCGAUGCUACACCUGGUAAAGAUAUCCAGGAUCAUACGGCACCCGAGGGGAAAUGUGAUGUUGGUGGGCGUUGGUGGAUCCGGUAAGCAAUCGCUUACUAAACUUGCUUCGUUCAUCGCCGGAUACAAGACCUUCCAGAUCAGUUUAACACGCUCCUAUAACGUAGCAAACUUUCUUGAAGAUUUGAAACUCUUGUACCGAUCUUGUGGUGUACAAGGCAAAGGAACUACUUUUCUUUUCACCGACAUGGACGUAAAAGAGGAAAGCUUUCUGGAAUACCUGAACAACAUACUAUCGUCAGGUGUGAUAUCGAACUUGUUCAACAGAGACGAACAGACGGAGAUAGUCUCAGAGCUGACACCAACCAUGAAGCGCGAGAACCAAAAGAAGAACGUGACACAGGAAACUGUAAUGGAGUACUUCCUUCAGCGAGUCUGUCACCAUCUUCAUGUGGUCUUUUGCUUCUCUCCGGUCGGCGAAACAUUCCGACGCAGAGUUAUGCGGUUCCCGGCGCUGGUUUCCGGUUGUACCGUUGACUGGUUCCAACCGUGGCCGAAAGAUGCGUUGGUUGCAGUUGCCCGACACUUCUUAACCGACUUUUCAAUAGAGUGCACAGCAGAGGUGAAGGAUGAGUUAGUGAAUGCUCUCGGAACUAUACAGGACAUCGUAUCAACGACAUCGACCGAGUACUAUCAACGGUUCCGGCGAGCAACGCAUGUAACUCCCAAGUCGUACCUGAAUUUUAUAAGCGGGUAUAAGAACAUUUAUACUCAGAAACACAAGGAGUUGUGCGACGGAGCGGAGAAGAUGGAUACUGGUCUGGAAAAGCUAGCCGAAGCAUCGGAGUCGGUGGAGAUUCUCAAGAUAGACCUUGCUCAUAUGGAAAAGGACCUGGUGGAAGCGUCGGCCAAAGCCGAACGGGUCCUGGUGGAAGUCACUGAGCGUGCCAUGCAAGCUGAAGUAUUCAAGAACCAAGUCCAGGUGGUAAAAGAGAAGGCUGAAGCACUGGUGCAAAACAUUGCAGCCGAGAAAGCGCUAGCUGAAGAAAAGCUUGAAGCGGCUAAACCGGCACUAGAAGAAGCUGAGGCCGCACUCAAUACCAUUAAACCGGCCCACAUUGCUACGGUCCGUAAGCUUGGCAGACCGCCACAUUUGAUUAUGCGCAUCAUGGAUUGCGUGUUGAUAAUGUUUCAACGUAAGUUACAUCCGGUAAUUGCCGACACUAGUGCACCUUCUCCGAAGCCUUCGUGGCAGGAGUCACUGAAAAUGAUGGCUAGCACCACCUUCCUGUUACAGCUGCAAAACUAUCCGAAGGAUACGAUUAACGACGAAAUGAUCGAGCACUUGCAGCCCUACUUCCGCAUGGAGGAUUACAACAUGGACACUGCAAGAAGGGUGUGUGGCGAUGUCGCUGGAUUGUUAUCUUGGACAAAAGCUAUGGCAUUCUUCCACGGCGUGAAUAAGGAAGUGUUGCCUUUGAAGGCAAAUUUGAUGAUGCAGGAAGCUCGUUUGAAGAUAGCAAUGGACGAUCUGGCAGCUGCUGAGAAUCAGCUGGCAGAGCGCGAAGCAGCGCUACAAAAGGUUAAAGAUCAGUACGAUGCGGCCGUUGCGGAGAAGCAACGACUGACCGAUGCUGCGAAUAGUUGUUUGCGCAAAAUGACAGCGGCUACGGCACUGAUCAACGGGCUUGGUGGCGAAAAGGCACGCUGGACACAGCAGAGCAAGGAGUUCAAAAUUCAACUCGGUAAGCUGGUUGGCGACGUUCUGCUGGCAACUGGAUUCCUGUCCUACUGUGGCCCAUAUAAUCAGGAAUUUAGAGGAAAUCUUUUCAAAACAUGGAUGAACAUACUGAAAACUCGGACCAUCCCGUAUACGACAGGAUUGAGUAUCAUCGGAAUGUUGACAGAUUCUGCUACCAUUUCAGAGUGGAAUCUACAAGGGCUGCCGAAUGAUGAACUAUCCAUACAGAAUGCACUGAUCGUAACGAAAUCAAGCAGCUACCCGUUGCUAAUUGACCCGCAGAGCCAGGGCAAGAUCUGGAUCAAAUGCAAAGAGGAUCAGAACGAACUUCAGAUCACGUCAUUGAAUCACAAAUAUUUCAGAACUCACCUCGAGGACAGUUUGUCCCUGGGACGUCCACUACUCAUUGAGGAUGUUGGAAUAGAGCUGGAUCCGGUUAUUGACAACGUGUUGGAGAAGAAUUUCAUCAAAUCGGGUUCCAUGGAGAAAGUUCUCGUCGGCGAUAAGGAGUGCGAUGUGAUGCCCGGAUUUAUGUUAUACAUUACCACGAAACUCCCGAAUCCUCCGUUCAGUCCGGAGAUUAGCUCGAAAACAUCGAUUAUUGACUUCACCGUGACGAUGCGAGGUUUGGAAGAUCAGCUCCUAGGACGGGUGAUUUUAAUGGAAAAAGCUGACCUGGAGUCCGAGAGAGUACAGCUGUUCGAAAGCGUGAUGAAAAAUCAGCGCAGCAUGAAAGAGCUGGAGGCCAAUUUGCUGCUUCGGUUAACUUCCACCGAGGGUUCCCUGGUGGAUGAUGAAGCAUUGAUUGAAGUGCUUCAGGAAACAAAGACAACGGCGGAAGAUGUCAAUCAAAAGUUGAAGAUCGCUGAGGUGACCGAGAAAAAGAUUAUGAUCGCAAGAGAGGAGUUCCGUGCAGUAGCAGCGCGCGGCUCAAUUCUAUACUUUUUAAUCGUUGAAAUGUCCAAUGUUAAUGUUAUGUAUCAAAACUCCCUGAAACAAUUCUUGAUAAUUUUUGAUAACUCAAUUACGAAAUCAGCUAAAAGCAACAUAACGGAGGAGCGGAUAAAUAUUAUUCUGCGAUAUUUGACUUAUGAGGUUUGGGCUUUUACUAGCCGCAGUUUGUACGAGAGACAUAAGCAACUUUUUACGCUAAUGUUGGCGAUAAAAAUCGACUACCAGAAAGGACACAUCAGCCACGAUGAGUUUAUGGCAUUCGUCAAGGGAGGUGCUUCGUUGGAUUUGAAUGGGGUUGCACCGAAACCUUUCCGCUGGAUUCUCGAUAUAACUUGGCUGAACUUGGUUGAGAUUAGCAAACUGAAAACCUUCCACGGAAUUUUAAAGAAGAUCGAAUAUAACGAACGAGAUUGGAGGCUUUGGUAUGAAACGGAAAGACCAGAGAUGGAAGUGAUUCCCUGUGAAUAUGAACAUGAGUUGGAUGUGUUUAGAAAGUUACUGUUGAUUCGGUCGUGGAGUCCAGACCGAACCAUAUCGCAAGCUAGACGGUAUAUUGAAGUUUCGCUUGGAAAGGAAUAUGGAGAGAUGCAUAUUUUAGAUUUGGAACUAACCUGGGUUGAGUCGGAACCAAGAACGCCUCUAGUCUGUAUACUCUCCAUUGGCUCGGAUCCGACAGUACAAAUAGCGGCCCUUGCCAAAGCAAAGAGCAUUCCGUUGAAAACGGUAUCCAUGGGCCAAGGUCAAGAAUAUCAUGCUCGCAAACUUAUGACAGAUUGUAUGUCCGUUGGAGGUUGGCUGCUGCUACAGAACGUGCAUCUGUCUUUGACUUUUUGUAAUGAAAUUAUCGACAUUCUUAUUGAAACUGAACACGUUGCUGACUCGUUCCGUUUGUGGGUCACCACCGAAACGCAUCCACACUUCCCGAUUGGUUUGCUACAAAUGGCCAUUAAAUUUACCAACGAGCCUCCGCAGGGCAUUCGUGCCAGCUUGAAACGAAGUUAUCUUGCUUUUACUCAAGAUUAUCUGGAUUACACUUCCGCAACUCAAUGGCCUCCGCUGCUCUAUACUGUUGCUUUUCUACACUGCGUCGUCCAGGAAAGGCGUAAAUUCGGACCCUUGGGAUGGAACAUACCGUAUGAAUUCAACGCAGCGGAUUUCUCCGCUAGUGUACAAUUUAUCCAGAACCACUUGGAUGAGAUGGAUCCGAAGAAGGGAGUUUCGUGGCAAACGCUUUGCUACAUGCUUGGUGAGGUUAUGUACGGUGGCAGAGUAACAGACGACUUUGACAAACGUCUGCUGACCACCUUCACUCAGGUUUGGUUCUCCGAGCAUCUGCUGACACCAAGUUUUGAGUUUUACCGCGGUUACCGGGUCCCGAAUUCACGCAACAUCCAAACUUAUAUCGAUUAUAUUAACCAAUUGCCGACGACCGAUACGCCGGAAGUGUUCGGGCUCCACCCGAAUGCGGACAUUACUUAUCAGAUCAACACUGCAAAGGGUAUUUUAGAUACAAUUCUCAGCGUGCAACCGAAAGAAGGCGGUGGCGGUGGCGGAGAAACCCGCGAGUCCAUCGUAUGUCAGCUGGCCAACGAUAUGCUACGGAAGCUGCCUCCGCAGUAUGUCGCCUUCGAGGUGAAGGAAUCGCUCGCUCGGAUGGGUGCACUGUUGCCAAUGAACAUUUUCCUAAGACAGGAAAUUGACCGAAUGCAACGGGUCAUCAACACCGUGUACACCAACCUGUGCGAUCUGAAGCUGGCCAUCGACGGUACCAUAGUGAUGAGCCAUUACCUGCGGCAAUCGCUGGAUGCAAUGUACGAUGCACGCAUUCCGGAAAAGUGGCAGAAGUUAUCAUGGGAAUCCACAACGCUAGGCUUCUGGUACACUGAACUUUUAGAAAGAAACCAACAGUUUCGGGCAUGGAUUAAUAACGAUCGUCCUAAGGUAUUUUGGAUGACUGGAUUUUUCAAUCCACAAGGAUUCUUAACUGCUAUGAGACAGGAAGUGACGCGUGCACACAAGGGCUGGGCAUUGGAUUCUGUUGUGCUGCAAAAUCAGAUAACCCGCUAUAACAAAGAGGAUAUCCACGAUUCGCCCCCAGAAGGAGUGUACGUCCAUGGCUUAUUUUUGGAAGGAGCAUCGUUGGACCGCCGAAGCGGUAAGCUAAUUGAGUCCAAAGCGAAGAUUCUGUACGAACAGAUGCCAGUUAUUUACAUCUACGCAAUUAAUACGACCGCCGGCAAGGAUCCCCGACUGUACGAGUGUCCCAUCUACCGCAAGCCGCAGCGUACCGAUCAAAAGUACGUCGGAUCGAUAGAUUUCGAGACCGACUUUAACCCCCGCCACUGGACCCUACGGGGAGUGGCAUUGCUAUGUGAUAUCAAAUAA